CCCCCCCUCCUCGGCCUAGAGUCUCUUAGAAACCCCAUACAUGCGAUGCUUUCAUACAAGAAUCUCUUUCAACGUAAAUACGCGCGAGAAACUCUGGAUGGGGCCACUUCUUUACUAUUUGGCCUUCGCAAUCGGCAACAUUUUGGAUAACUCAUGAAGCAAGAACUGCACUCGAACAUAAUAUCAUUUAGUGGUUAUAAUGUGCUUUUUACAACUUAAAAAAUAAACAAUUGUUACACUGCGAAACACAUGAGAGAGAAAUUGAUUAGUAAAAUCAUACUUUAAGCGAUCAAGUUCCACCCUCUUUUCGUCUUUUCUACUGAUGGCGCAACAGACGUCAUGGAUAAACUGCAGGCAAAGAGUGUUUGGAAAUCUACUCGUCUAUAACUUAAACUGAGAAAAGAAGAUUCAGCCAGAGAAGAAGAUGAAAAUAAAUUGGUUUAGCGAGGAAGAGGGAUACCAGACGGUGGCUGAAACGCGGCCGUCUCUGCUGCCGAGCGGCGGGGAGACCAUGAACGGUGGCAGCGGCCUGUACGAAGAAUCCAACACCAGUAGAAACAGCGGAGAAGCCGGCAAUAACAAUAACGGUUCGGCUCUGCAGCCUCUGCACAUCCCUGCCAAGCGACUCACUCCGAAUAGCGGCAACCUGGCCGUCACAUACGCCCCGACGGACUGCGGUGGUGGAGAUCCAUCGGCGGCGGCGUCCGGGGUCAUCCGACAUGGAGGCCACAACGGACAGCCCGGCUGGGGUGCGACUUACUCCACGGACGGUCAUUCAGCUUUCGUCGACGCCCACCACGUGCCCCAGUAUAAUCAUCAACCCCUGUGCAAUGUACGCGAUAGUGUUACCGCGGCUGGUUACUACUACAAUGCUGCGAUUGACAGAAAGCCACCUCAGACUUCUUCCAUUAAAUUCUGGUCUAACUCAUAUGACGCUGGACCCAGCACAGUCACUCCAGUACCUACGGACACAUGCCAGUCAUUCGCACCACAAACGUGGUGUAACUAUUCACCAUAUUCAGGCACAAGGGUCCAUCCGGGACAUAUGGAACCUCAUACACCACAGCCUGUGUCCUAUUUUCCCACAGCCGAGGACAGACCCAGGGUCCCUGGCUCUAUGGACAGUGUUUAUCCACAAACAGAUGCUUAUGGCUUGCGGAGUUUUCCCACCGAUGUACAUUGCGCUACUACCUACGUCCAAUCUAGCUCAGGAGGUGAGCCGAUGACCACAACUAAUCCUUUGGAAUGGACAGGAACCGUAACUGUGCGAAAGAAACGGAAGCCAUAUUCAAAGUUUCAGACACUUGAAUUAGAAAAAGAGUUCCUCUUCAACGCCUACGUUUCGAAGCAAAAAAGGUGGGAGUUGGCUCGAAAUUUGAACCUCACUGAACGCCAAGUCAAAAUUUGGUUCCAGAAUAGGAGAAUGAAAAGUAAAAAGACAAGUCAGCGGAAUGCAGAAAAUAACCAAAAUAACACAAAUACAGCCAACAGCAGCAGUAAUAGUCAACAGCAUAAUGCUGCAGCCAAACUUAGCGCUUAAUGCGCACCUGAAAGCAGUAUGUAAUAAAAAAACUUCUGCGGUGCAAUUAAAUAGUACAGAGGAAAUUGCUUUCCUAUGAACUUCUGGGCAAAGGAACCUCUUUCCUUAAGAAACUGGUAAAAAAAUUAAUUUAAUUUAUUAAGUUAAAUAUUUUAUUUCAUACAUCGCCUAUUUUGCAUUUUAUUUCUUCAACCAUCUUAUUUAUUAUACUUAAAAUUAUUGUUAAGUUAGGACUAAUUCAGGAAAAUAAUACUCUAGAAGUUACUUUGUCCAGGUAGACACUAAUGGGAUCGCAAUCUUUCCAAUUAUCAUUCGGAACUGCCAUCAUAAUCAUUUUAUGAUUAAUACUAAAAGACGAAACGGAGGUGAUUAGCGUUUACAAUUUGAAAUUGAGGAUAUUGUGAAUAAAUGUGUUACUAUUGAAUGCCAUACAUGUCCAUGAAAUAAACUCUGGGAAUGAAAUUUAUAGUUUCAGAAUUUACAUUUCUUCAGGGAAUAGAGAAGUGAUGGAAGAGAACAUUUAGAAUUUUCAUCUUUGGUGUAUAAAUGAAAUAACAUUAAUUGUAUAAAAAAUAUGUGUUGAAAAUAAUCGCUAUUUUCGACUCGUCAAUUCGAAUGGACGAUAAUAUUAUUUAUUUGUUUUCAAGCCUUCGUGUUGCAUUAAAUUACGACUUUUUUUUUUUUUUUUUUACUUUUAUCUGUGAAGUUACAAAAGUUUCAGUUUUGGCCAUGAAGUUCAAAAUUAAGUUUUCAUGGUAAAUGCUGAGUUGUCAAAGCGCCUCAAAAGAAUAAUGCUCUUACUUACAGCAUACUUUUUAUCACAGAAGCAUGAUUUUUGCUUAAGACAGCUGCUGUAAGUAGGAAUUAGUUUUAUGUUACACGAAGCAUUCGCAAAUGUGAGAAAUAUUGAAUAUCCUAUUUUUCUAGUGCCAUUUAGAUUUUAAAAUCUGUAAGCCUUGAAUAGAAUUUGUACUUGCUUUGCUUUAAGAAUCACCAAAUUUAUAGGUUCUACAUAAAAUACUAAACGCAAAGAAUGAAUGAGGUAAUGUACACUUAAGAAGACUGUCUUUAUUAAUCUACAUUUAGGUAGAGGAAAAUAAAAAUUUGGAUAAAGUAUAAAUAAAAUAUAAAACACAUUUGAUAAAUAUGAUAUAAUUAAUAAGAUUAUAUUGAUUAUUAAAGUUUCUUUAGCUGUGAGAAGAAGUUUAAGAGAAGAUUAAUGAAGUAAUGCAGCUAAUACUGAAAAAGUGAAAUUUUUUAAAUUUAAGUUGCAAAAUGGUAUUUCAUAUUCCGUUCUUAAACAGUAUGAAUUAUUAGUAAUAAUUCAAGGUACAAAAGUAAAUCAUGUCUGCUGGCUUAUCAUAAAGUAAGAGCCCAUUUUUAGUACUUAAUUCAGUGUAAAUUCGUCAUAAUCUAAUAACUUAAAAUUGUCAUUAUAAAGGAAUAAGGCUAUUUCCAUCGUCGUCUUAGUUUGAAAAGCACCAUUUUAAAGUAAAGCACAAAAAUACAGUUAUUUGUUAUUUCGUUUUUUACAUAGUUCAGGUAUAAAUCAUAAACUAUUAUAAAUUAGAGUAUAAAGUAAGGAAUGUAAGAAAAGAGAAGCUUUCUUCCCUGUUUAAAAAAUAGAUUAUUAAAUCACUAACUGAAUACUAAAUUAUUUUCGGGACAGGAACUCUUUCUAUACCUUUGCAAAUACAUGCAAUAAGAAAAUUUUGUGUGAAAAAGAACAGUUAAAAUUCUUGGUGAGAGCUUUCAAAUGCAGUGAAACUUCCCUAAGAAUAUCUGGUUUCUGAUGAUUUUAAUCCUCUGGGGAGGUGAUUGCCUUGGAGAUCAUGUCUAUCGGCGAUGUUCACUACUGAUGCUAAUUUACGGUCUCGGAAGCAUUUAUCACUUUCUGAGAGGUACUCUAUGGGAAGCGGUCGCUGUGAAAAGUUUCAUUGCAAUUAUAAUAAUACGCUUUUAAGGUGGAAUUUCAAUAUCCAUAAUAUAUUUAAUUAGGAAUUUUGAAGCAAUGUUUUAGCUAACGUACAAUGCAGAAUAAAUGUGUUAUUAUUUAAUUACGUCAUUAAUUAGAAAAUUUGAUUUUAUGGGUAAAGAUUUUCCAUAGUAUUUUUAAAAUUAUAAGAAUGAUAAAAAAUUAUUUGUUAAAAUGCAUUUGUAAAAUUACAGAUAGAUUAAGGAAAUUUAAUUGAAUUGAAAGUUCUGAAAAAUUGUAAUUAGCUGCAAAAAAUUAUGACUAAACAAAUGUUAUAACUCCAGAGAAAUAAGAAAUAUUUCUCAUUAUUUUGCUAUAUAUAUAUACACACACAUAUAUAACAUAUUAUAUGUGCAUAUACAUAAACAUAUGUUGUACAUAUUUAUGUAUAUAUUAUUAUACGCACAUAUAUAUACGUUAUGUAUGUAUGUGUAUAUAACUAUACGCUUUGUUUUGUUUAUAUGUAUAAGUGUAUAAAAUUUACACUCUGGGCUGCUGGCAAUCGUACUUUGUUUUCUGCAACAGUUUUGAAUGAUAAUAAUAUGGAAAACAUUAGAAUUUUUUUUUUCGGUUUCAAUAUUUCUCUAAUGAUUACGCAUUCUUGUGCAUUUUAGUGCUGCAUAUAGGCUAUAGGCUAACUUUUAUUUUUUGACUGAGAACUUGUGUACACUUGGUAAAUUUUACCUUCAUUACAAAGAAAUGUAAUUAAUUUAAUUCCUUGAUUUAUGUUUUAGGCCAUAAACGGGUAAUAACUACCUGAAACGUACAAUUUUGUGUUAUAUAGCUAUAUAAGGGUAUUUAGAAAAUCAAACAAUAGUUUAAUAUUGGCAUGUUGGAAAGAAGCAUUUAGAAUUCUGUGUAUUCUACAAAGAGAACCUGACUUUAAAUAAUUUUCAUAUUUUCUCAAAAAGCUUUCUUAUCAUUCAGAACUGCUUGCAGUCUAUUGUGCAAUCUAUGGUUUAUGUGAGAAGUAAACGGAAUGCCUUUUUGAUAAAAAUUAUUUUACAUAAUCCUAUAAUGAGAUUUAUACUUUCAAUUUUUAAUUAUUAUGUAAAAAUAUUUCUACUGUUGUUAUCGAGUGCUUCAAAAAUUGCUAUAUUCUUUGAUAUAUCGUGCAAUGAAAAUUAUCUUGUUUAGUACAUAUAACAGACAUUUUUAGAAGCUGUGAAGGAGUUUUCAGCAAAUGAUAAAAUAUUUUAAGCUGAGUUGGUUACAUUAAAAGCUGAAAUUUUCAUUUUUUGUAUAAACAUCCAUAUAAAUGUAAAUACUUAUAUCACGAAUUAAAUGUGAUAUUUCUGUGUUGUGAAGUAAGGAAAUAAAAGUUGAUCUGUGAAUAAA